UAACAAAUAAAGCGUGAUUGAGUAUUGAUCGAAUGCUAUAAAUGUAUUGCCGUCUGUAAAUAACAUCGUUGCAUUGCGAACAGCUUAUCCCAUGAUCGAAAUCGCGAGACCCACAAUAAAGACUACCAAAAAUGUGGAAACGAAUUAAAAAAAGGGGGGGGAAAGAAGCGAGAAAGCGAAAUACGCCUUCCCUCAUAGCAAGAAAACAGAACUUCUCAAUCAAAGCAGGACCGCAUCUCACACUCCGAACUCUCUCCAACCCACUACUAACACCCGGGAACGUAACAGGCUUCCAGUAGUACCCAGGAUCGCAGUUCGGCCCCAGGUAAAGAGUGCACGAUCCGCCUUUAUCGGGUCCGAGAGACUGAACCUGAUUACCUACUUCUCUGCAUUGCCCCGCCUGUUUAGUCCAAUAGCAAAAUCCCUUCCAGUCGGGGGCGGUGCAGGUGUAGACGCCGCCGGGAGUACCGGUGUCGCGGGUAUCGAGGACGGCUGCGCUUGUGCCGACGAUAGCGUAGGCUAUGGUGAAGAGCGAGAGAGUGGAGACGUACAUGCUGGGUUGUAGCGUGAUGGUAUUGAUUAUGUGAGAGUAGUUGUGUUUAGGGUUGAGAUAUGUCUCUUUGCU